AUGCCACCAAAAAUGAACCAUUUGUGGAAGGCCCUUCAAAAGAAAAUGUCAGACAAAAGAACGCAGCAAGUAACACGACCCCGCAAAGGUGACAAAGGAACGGCUCCAAGCGAGAUCGUGGUGCAAAGGCUUACGGCUGAACCUGACAACAAAAAAACGUAUCGACCGGUGCAGCCGAGACAACUCGUCGAGUUUUCUAGGGACGAUUUAACGCUAGAAAACCUCAAGAUUGCUUGCGCGGAACACUUUGGCUAUCCGGUAAACUCGUGCGAUGUGCUGGUCUCAAACAAGGGGCCGUCAUGUACCAACAUAAACCAAAUACCUCACCGCAAAGACAAGGUAAGCAAACUGCUAGUCGUUUACUGAGAGAACUGCCAAAUGCAUCAAAUAGAUUUGUUUCGGCCAGAAACUCAUAAGGGGUUGAAACGUGUCGCUCGCGUUCAAUACUCGUGAAUAUUCACUUUUACCAGGAGCCGAUUAUGGCUCCUGCUUUUACCAUAUUUGUAAACCUUAGUGAUAUCUAUUUUCAACAAAAUGGCUGCCGCGCGAUCACCAUGCGGUGGUUUUGAGGUCAGAGUUCUGCACUUCAAGGUUAAAAAUACACCGUUAAAAGACAAAAAAUAGUAAGAGAAAUUUCUAAAGAAUGCUCAGUUUUCUUUCUGUGGAGGAAGGAAAGCUUUUCAUCAAGAAAUCGUCCUUCAGAGAAUUCAACCUUGUUUUCUUCAGGUACAUUUUGCACUCUAUGGCCAAGAAAAUUACGUUUUUGAAAGGGAAUUUAUUUAUUUCAUAGUCGUUUUAUACAUUAUUUUUCUUCGGCGCUAAAAGAAAAUUACAAAAUGCGCUUCGAUUUGAGAUGGAUUUUGUGUUAAAUUUUGCCAUGUGCUCAGCUGAUUUUACUCGCGUGAACGGAUCCACGAUCCAGAUAGUGUCACUUGCGAAUUACUUAAAAGGAUUAACUUUUUGGAUUUUGAAUACUAAUUUUCAAGAAACGGCUUCUCUGUCUAUUGUUUUGAGUUUCUUCAUUCAUAAAAUUAGUUCAAGGCCUGUUACUACGACAUCCAAGUUGAAAUGGUUCUCACCUUACACGCUUCACUUUUGCGAAGAUGUCGGCGAAUUUUAUACAAUUUUUACUUUCAGGUUCAAUUGUGGACACUUUUCGAUACGCAGCUAAUGAAUUUUAUGUGAAAAUAUGUUUUACUGUUUAUUCUAGACAUUUAAUAUGAGAAGGGGGGCUGGUGGGAUUCAACGGGUAGCUUCUGUGGUAUAUGAUGCCCCCCCCCCUUCAAAAAAAAUUUUUUGGGGGCCCCCCCCCCCCCCCUUGUGUCCCAAAUUGAGAUGACGCCCACCACUCGCACAAAAAAAAAAAAGAAAAAGAAAGAGAGAGAGAGAGAGAACAGAGAACAAAUGAAAAAUGACUGAGUUUGUUUCUUUUUCCUAAUGAAACGUUGGAUUUGGUAUGCUUUAUGGCAUUUUAGUGGAGUAGAAUUGCCUUUUGGUGCAUAAUAAAGUAGGGGGUCCAGGGGCAUGCUUAAAUUAUUGGAAAUGUGAUAUAUGUUAAAAUAGUAUAGAUAUGAUAUGGAGUGCCCACUAUCAAAAUUGGAGUACAGUAUAUAUUCUCUUUUUUCUAAAUAGUGUUUUCUAUUUAUUCCUAUCAAACCUCAUUUCAUUGUCUUCUGUUUUUAAUAGGUAUACCUCGUUAGAUUUGUGCCCAAUUUAGAACAAGAUGAAGAUGAUCAAUACAAAAGUCUGCCAAUGUCAACUGAUAAUGAGAUACACGAUAAGCCUGCCAAGCGUGCAAAGUUCGCAAGUGAACCUGCAUCACCAACAAAAGCAGCAGAGGUUGCACAAAGUUACCCAGCUUCGGUGUCUAUUGCACAACUUCUGAAUGCAGGAAAAUUUGUUGAGCCAGCCUCCAGAACAAAGACAGUACUGAACUUGGAGUCAUUUGACCUACUCAACAAAGAGUGGAAAACAGAGAAAUGUCUAAAUCUCUUUGUUGAUGAUGACAAAUUUGCAUCUGGAGCAUUUCGUGAUGCAUUCAAAGGAACGCCGGAAAGUGGUAGCCAAUGUAAAAAACAAUGGGUGAUAAAGAAGUAUAAUGACAAGUCAAAGAACACCAUUGUAGACACAAUAAAGACGACAGUGGAAAUCCAUACGAGAAAGCAAGUACAAAUGCACACUGUGGCUAGACAAUUAACCAAGCGGUUUAGCAGCAUAGUACCAGAAGAAUUUGGCCAAUUAUUUGCCUAUAACAAAGUCUUCUACUCCAGGUUCAGUGAUGAGCCAGUGACUGUAGAAGAGUUUGUUUCUGGACAAUUCACAAAAUAUGUAAACAAUGAUGGAAACUGCAUCAUUCCAAAAGAAGAUAACCACCCAGAGUUUAAAGAAAUCUUCGACAAAGCCCAGUGCUUAGUGCACUACACAAGUAUAAUUACCAAGCAGCAAUUGAUGCUUUUAGAUAUUCAGGGUUCAAGAUACUCCCUCUACGAUCCAGAGAUUGCUACUGCAGAUCUAAUUGAUGAGGAUGAAGUCUUUUUUUGUUGUGGAAGUCUGUCUUCUACAAGUAUUGACAGGUUCAAUAAUGACCACAUAUGCAAUAAGUAUUGUGACAUGGUACAAAAGGUUCUUGAAAGUGAAUGA